AUGUCACUGGUGAAGUUCUUACUCCUUGUUGCUCUUUGGCUUUCAGUCUCCGGUGGCAGCUGUGGCGAGACUGGGGAAGUUUCCGGUGAUGGUACCCCAUCAUCGAAUGCAUGCUUCGAUUGCUCUACCUGUCCGUAUCCAUGCCAUAACCUCUCUCCACCACCAUCACCACUGCCUGAGUCAGGCUACCCAUUAUAUGGAACUCCUCCACCGCCUGCUGAAGAAAAUUGCCCACCACCACCACUGCCUGAGUCAGGCAACUCAAUACAUGUAACUCCUCCCCCACCGCCUGCUCAAGACAAUUGCCCACCACCACCUGUUGCUCAGUGCUGCCAAUAUCCCCCUCCAAGGCCUUACCAGUAUCUACCUUACAGCAACUAUUCAGCUCCUUUGCCUUCUAACAGAUUCAUGAAUUUUAUCGUCUCUUAUAUCAUCUUAUUCUUCGUUGCUUCUCUUCUCUAG